GCUGCGCCGUGCUCCCUACCAGAUUGCAGAAAUUAGGCGCCUUCCCCCCUUUGUGGGUGUGUGCCAAGGAUCAUCAUCUUUAGAGGAGGCGUUGGUACAGCUAACGUGUGUGCGUGUUCGCUCGUCCAAACUCAAUGAAGCACAUCAAGCGCUUCCUUUUUUCUGCGCCGAGUGCAGAAAGACCGCUGGAAGCCGCAGAUCCUUUUCCCCUGAUGACCCUUCCCGAUCAGCUGAUAGAAUACGUGCUGUCUUUCGUGAGCCACACGGAUCUGCUGAAGAGCUGCCGCAAUACGUGUAAGCUCUUCCGUAACAUAAUAGACAGCAACAGCUUCUGGAAAAUCAAAUGCUUGCGGGACGGCAAGAGCAUUCCCGUGUUUCAUCUGCAGGAACUUCCACCGCGCUACUACCUGCGCAUAUACACCGGCAACCCGUACGGCAGGAAUUUGCUUCGCAACGGCCACGGAGAUUCUCCCAAAGGUGCAUUUACCUCAUGGCGAUUAAUAGAAAAUGGUGGUGAUGGAUGGAAAUAUGAGGAAACACCGAAGGGUGCUGACCCCUUGCCUUUAGAUAAACAGGGAUGUUUUUCAACUUCGUAUGGUCCAUGUACGAAGGAGCAAAUCAUCAAUCUUGUGAAUGAGGGUGUACUUCCUGAAAUAAUGGACAAUUUCAAGCCACACAUCGAAGUCUCUGAAUGGCAUGCAGCACGAUUUGACUGUGGCUCCGAGUAUAGACUGACGGUAUCACUCCUAAAUGAUAAAAGAAAAGUGCUACUUGAGUACACCACCGGUUCCAUUGUGACCGAACAAUGGGUUGGUCGUGAGUGGAAUCAGGUCACACAUGUUUUUCGUGACUACCCAUCGGGGGUGCGUUUUGUUCAGUUUCGACAUUCUGGCUGUGACACGCAAUUCUGGGCAGGCAAUUAUGGAUCCAAGAUGGCAGGAGGUGUGGUUCGCAUUCGUGGAGACAAGCAGGAACCUGUAGCAGCUCAAACUGUUUCUGCAUAGCCUUUUUUUUCUCUUAAGCAAGAAUGUGCUUGUGUAUGUAAUCUGCUGUUUAGAAUGCUUCUCCAUAGGCUGUUUUGUUAUACGAAUGGUGAACUUGGGCUCAAGUGCUCUUUAUUUAUGAAAUAAAGUGCAGAGUUAUAUGUUCUUAAA